AUCGCACUGCUUUUGACACAUCUUUGUUCACAGGCAGACUCACAAACCCGUCAAAAUGGUGCAUCUGACUGGGGAGGAGAAGAACCACAUCACCAGCCUGUGGAGUAAGGUGGCCGUUGAACAGACUGGUGCUGAGGCUCUUUCGAGGCUGCUCAUCGUCUACCCCUGGACCUCCAGGCUUUUUGACCAUUUUGGUGACCUGUCCAAUGCCAAGGCUGUCCAGUCAAAUGCUAAGGUCCAAGCCCAUGGUGCUAAGGUGCUGGUCUCCUUUGGUGAUGCCGUCAAGCACAUGGACGACCUGAAGGGUACCUUUGCCAAGCUGAGUGAGCUCCACUGUGACAAACUGCAUGUGGACCCUGAGAACUUCAAGCUCCUGGGGAACAUCAUUGUGAUCGUUCUGGCUGAGCACUUUGGAAAGGAUUUCAACGUUGAGGUUCACAGUGCCUUUCAGAAACUCGUGUCUGGUGUGGCCCAUGCCCUGGCGCACAAGUACCACUAAGCCCCUGCCCACCUAGAGGCCUUCAGCCAGCUGAGUCCCCUGUGUGCCAUAUAUCCAUCUUCUGCACAUGGAAUAAAUGGUGCCUGGCCCUAUGGGAAUAGCCCCUGACCAAUAAAUUGCAUUCAGUCCAAUGA